CAUUUGUAAUAGGAAUACCGUCAGUAAAUUAUUGCUUUUUGAUUAAAUUCGCCGUCGUUACAAUCAAAGUAUUGGUUUGAAUAAAAGAUCUAAGCGCUACGCAAACAAAAAAAAUGAAGGAGAAUCUGGAUCAGCCUACAUUAAAGAGCACCGGAGUUGGAGACGGUAAUGAUGUUAUACCAUGCUCGAACAAAUGUCAAACAACAGAGCGAAACAUGCCCAAGUUAGAUCCUGUCACGCUUGCUAACAUGUCAAUAGAAGAGAAGGAGGCAGUUGCUAAAAAAUUAGUUCAGUUUCAAAUGAACAAUAUGGGUCACGGUAAUCAAGGACUCCCUAUGUCCAUGCUACCAGGUGGUAAACUGCAGCAUUACGAAGAUGGUAAAGUUGGCUAUGUUCUGGAUAUUCAUGCGGCAGUGGAUUGUAUGAGUUUUCAGAAUAUAAAUGAAAUGGUCCAAAAUGAUCCAUCUAUAGUGAAUAGCAAAGGGAAUAUUCUUGUCUGCGUUGCAGUUUAUAGAGAUAAGCGUCUUCAAAAUAUGACGAAUUAUUUUUUGGUUUCUUUAUCUGUUGCCGAUCUGUUUGUCGCAAUUUUAGUUAUGCCUCUUAGAACUGCCGUUGACUUGUACGACGGUAAAUGGACGUUGGGUAUAGGCGUUUGUAUUGUCUGGCUAACAGCCGAUGUUCUAAUGUGUACAGCAUCCAUAUGGCAUAUGUGUACUAUGUCAUUGGACCGGUGGCUUAGUCUUAAGUAUCCAAUGAAGUACGGUAGGAAUAAAACCGCCAAGUGGGUUCUCACAAAGAUCCUUUUUGUUUGGUUAAUUAGUAUUGCGAUAUCGAGUCCUGUCUGCGUUUUAGGUCUAAUGAGAACGACGUCUGUCUAUGAUGGAACCUACUGCUUACCAAAGUCACGCGAUUUCGUGCUAUAUGGAUCCGUCUUCGCAUUCUACAUUCCAUUUGCUGUAAUGCUAGUUACUUACGUGCUAACCCUGAGAAUUCUAUGCCGGAAUCAACUGACCGUCCAUGGUAGGGUUAUAGGUUCAGGUUCAGAUGAAGAAGCUUUAGCUGGCAAGCGAAGGAAAAGUGAAAUAAUGUCAAAAAGAACUGCCUCCAAUGAAAAGAAAGCGUCUAAAGUAUUGGGAGUAAUAUUUUCUGUGUUCGUUAUUCUUUGGACGCCUUUCUUCGUUGUUAACAUACUCUCUGUUGUUUGUCCUGGCGGACUCACACCGUUGCAUAAGGCAUGUCUGAAAGGUGAUCGUGACUUGGUUGCUCUCUUCAUACAACACGGAAGCGACGUAAACGCGGAAAGCGAUUUUGGGCAUACGCCUAUAUUUUUUGCUGCCAAGCGAGGAAACAUCGAAUGCAUGCAUUCCUUAAUCGAAAGCGGUUGUGACCUGCACGCAAAGGACAAAACUGGAAGAAACGUCAUGCACCAUGCGGCCAUUGGUGGAAGCGUGUUAGCAAUGUACUAUCUAGUAGAAAUGCAUCAAAUUUGUACAAAAACUGCUUGCAACGAAGGACUAACUCCGCUUCAUUACAUCGUUGCGAGCAGGAAUAUUCCCGCCUUGCGGUUUUUAUUAAAGAAUAAUAGAAGUAAUCUAUCGUCAGCUGACAAAUACGGAAAUACUCCCCUUCAUGUUGCCUGUCAAGUUGGUCUAUCGACAGCUGCUUUCCUUAUCCUUGAGAAAGGAGGUCUUCGUCUACUAGACAUAACUAAUAAUGAAGGAUCUAAGCCGAUCGACAUGGCAAAAAAUGCUAAGGAUAAAGUUCCCGGCUCUCGAAGUCCUUUACAAUUGGGUUCUAGCUAUACAGAGACUAUUAAUCUGUUAGCACACCAUAUGAAGAUGCCUCUGAAAGAUGCUAAAGUAAGGGGGCCUAUACUGUAUUGGUGGGGGUUGGCUUUGAUGUUGACAGUAUGUUUCUUCGCUGUGAUUAUAGGAGAGGCGCUCCAUGCCCAAGGACUUGUCACAACGAUGGCAAUGGGAUACCUAGGCUUCCAUUAUUCUCGAGAAAAUGCAAGGAUAAAUCAUGUCUGCGGUUGGCCAAAUCCUCAUAGGCUGGGUAUGUUCGGUGGAGGUCUUCUACAUACAAUUAUCGGCUAUUUCUGGAAAGUAUAUCCAGUAGUCUCACCUCUGUAUCCGAUUUUAACUGCUGGAUCUGUGAUUUCCAUUCCUUUCAUAGCUUUAUCAUUCGUUUUUCUUCUUUGGAAAGAUCCAGGGGUACUGAAGCAGAAUGCGCAGAAGGAGGAUGGUUCGGAUUACACUUGUUUAGACAUAGCUAAGGGACUUAUUAAGCCCGAAAGUUUUUGCUCUGACUGCGAGCUAAUACCGCUGGCUGGUACGAAACAUUGCCGACUAUGCAACCAAUGUAUGGAGCGUAUGGAUCACCACUGUAUCUUCUUAAACAAGUGCAUAGGGCGAAAUAACCAUAUUUUAUUUGUCCGUUUCAUAGUUUGCACUUUCUUCGCAGCAGCGACGUUUAUCUUCUUGUGCUACAAUGCAUUGAAAAUCCUUGUAAAAUCAAAAGUUCUCAUUGCCUUUCUCGUUGAAAGCUACAUUCAACAGUCAUAUUUAGUUUGUCUAUGCCUUGGAAACGUAGCUGUUUGCGUUUGGUGUUUAACGCUACUGCACGAGCAAUUUCAAGCUGUUGGGAAAGGCGUCACUACACUAAGCACCCUAUAUGGGCAGAAUCCUCCUGAUACUUCUACUUUUUAUUUAAAACUUAAACGCUUUUUUAACGUCUUGAUAACAGGAAGAUUAUACGAUGGAUUGCAACGAUAA